AUGCAGCUGAGCUCUUGGAAUGGCUGUUUGUCGGGGGUGCUGCGGAGACAGCGAGAGCCUCACGGAGUUGGCCUUUGCUGCGAUGAGCAUAGGCUUGUGCUAUUGAGUUCUUUCUGCUUCCAGACAGACCAAGCUAAAGAUGCCUUGGGUUCUUCCCUACCUUCGCUGAACUCGCACCGACCCGGCGUCUGGCAGUCAUCAGCCCAAGGGGGAGCGACUGAGCUUCGGGACCUCAGCUUGAAAGGAGGCUGGGGUAGGGACCCCCUCCUGAGCAGGGUCCUGCGGGGAUCAUGCUUCAAGGUUGCUCUGCCUGAGUGGGGGGCCCUGAGGGAGACCCGGCUCCUAGAGAGCCCAAUGGUGCUUGCCAAGCCUGCUUUCUGUGUGCUGCUCCUGGCUAUACUGGGCUCGGCUCUAGGGCGCGGUGGCAGGCGCCGGGACUGCAACGUGCCCGACGUGCUUCGGCAUUACCGCGCCGUCAUCUUUGAAGAGCUGCAGGCGGUGAAAAACUUGACGGGCACCGGGGCUCUCAGGCGCCGGGGACGAGGGCGAGCAGGAGGCGCCUCCUGCCGGGCAGAAAAGGAGCACCGCAUCUUGAUGUCUAUCUCAUCCAUGGGCCGGGCUCUGCGCAAGGCAGUGGCAGGAACCGGGGCCCGACCCGGACGCCGCCGCGGAGCCCUGGAGAAGGCUGUGUGGACGGUGGCCAUGCACACUGAGGCAGUGACUCGCGAGUACUGCGGCACUUUGCAUCAGCGAAGCCAGAAGCGGCUGAGUCAGGAGUGGCAGGAGCGGAAGCGGGGCCCGGCGAUGGAGCCAGAGCUGAACCUGGAACCGGCCCUUGCCCCGGGUCGGAGUCGGGGUCGGGACCAGAGACAGCGUCUGUUGGGAGCCGUGGAACACUUGGCUGCCUGCUGGGAGAAAUUGUUUUCUCUGCGCUCCUUGGCUUCGGUCGCCGGGAGCUACUAG